CUACGUAAAAUGGUCACACUUGCUCAAGCUGCAUUAUUUUUACUACGAAAUUAAAUUCGAGAUAAAUGCUAAAAUAUCCGUAAAUAGUUGCCGCUCGCGUCAAGUGUGCAACCGUUAAGCCAAUCCCAUUGAAGUGAGAGAUCCCCAGCAGUUGGCAGAGACCUCAAACCAGCAGCAGCAUGGACCAAAUGCUCAGCCCCAACUUCUCGAUUCCGAGUAUCGGAACUCCGCUGCACCAGAUGGAGGCGGACCAGCAGAUCGUGGCUAAUCCAGUCUACCAUCCGCCGGCAGUGCCGCAGCCAGAUCCGGUGAUGCCUGCGCCUGUGUCUUCAGCAGGGCAGCAGCAGCAGCAACAACAACAGCAGCAACAGGCAGAUGCCGGCGGAGCAGCAAGCGGCAGCGGUGGUAGCGGGCUUUUUGGCCACGAGCCAUCGUUGCCGCUGGCCCACAAGCAGAUGCAGAGCUACCAGCCCUCUGCCUCCUAUCAGCAGCAGCAGCCGGGAGGGGGCGGUAGCACACCGCAGUCUAUGAUGCAGCCACAGACGCCGCAGAGCAUGAUGUCGCACAUGAUGCCCAUGAGUGAGCGCAGCGUGGGCGGCAGCGGCACAGGAGUCGGGUCAGGCGCAGGCGAUGCUCUUAGCAACAUUCACCAGACCAUGGGUCCAUCCACACCGAUGACACCGGCCACGCCGGGAUCCGCGGAUCCCGGAAUUGUGCCACAGCUGCAGAACAUUGUGUCCACAGUGAAUCUCUGCUGCAAACUGGACCUCAAAAAGAUAGCGCUACAUGCGAGGAAUGCCGAGUAUAACCCCAAGCGAUUUGCGGCCGUCAUUAUGCGUAUUCGAGAGCCGCGCACCACUGCCCUAAUUUUCAGCUCCGGAAAGAUGGUGUGCACGGGAGCCAAGAGCGAGGAUGACUCCAGGCUGGCGGCGCGAAAGUACGCCCGCAUUAUACAGAAGCUGGGAUUCAAUGCCAAGUUCCUUGAUUUUAAAAUACAAAACAUGGUCGGCUCCUGCGACGUCAAGUUCCCCAUUCGCCUGGAGGGCCUAGUCCUCACGCAUUGCAACUUCAGUAGCUACGAGCCGGAGCUCUUCCCUGGCCUCAUCUACCGUAUGGUGCGUCCUCGCAUAGUGCUGCUUAUCUUCGUGUCCGGCAAGGUGGUGCUCACCGGCGCCAAGGUUCGCCAGGAGAUCUACGAUGCCUUCGACAAGAUAUUCCCCAUAUUGAAGAAGUUCAAGAAGCAGUCAUAGAAAUAGAAUUUAGCACUUUAUUAGUUUUUGUAAUGCCUACGUUUAGGGUUUCUUUAGUUCCGUAAGCGACGAGUGUCUGAUAGCGGGAGCAGAAUAAAACAAAGUAGUUAGCUGUAA